AUGAUCAAAAGAAUACCUAAGCUUUAUGCAAACCAACUACUGAAAUUCAAAUAUGACAAUUCAAUCCCUACAUCAGAAUUAUUAACUAAAUUAGGAAUUGUUUCAUAUCCCAAAUCAGGAUUAGUUAAUUGGUCAAAAAUUGGUCUAUUAAUUCAAAAUAAAAUAAAUAAUAUAAUUCGAAAAAAUUUAGAUUCUAUAAAUUUUGAAGAAUUAAGUUUAUCAUUAUUAUCAAACAAGACAAAUUGGAUUAAAACAGGAAGAUGGAAUCAAAAAGAUAUUUUUAAAUUAAAAAAUGAUGAAAUGUUAUUAGUUCCUACAUGUGAAGAAGAUAUAACAACAUAUGUUAAACACAAUCUUGAAAGUUAUAAACAAUUACCUUUAAAAUUUUAUCAAAUUAAUCAGAAAUUUCGUGAUGAAAAAAGACCAAGAGGUGGUUUAUUAAGAGGUAAAGAAUUUUUAAUGAAAGAUGCUUAUUCUUUUGAUUUAAAUGAAUUAAAGGCUUUAGAAACUUAUAAAUCUAUUGUUGGAUCAUAUCAUAAAAUUUUUAAUCAAAUUGGAAUAAAUUAUGUAAAAGCUCAAGCUGAUAGUGGUGAUAUUGGAGGGGAUUUAAGUCAUGAAUGGCAUUAUUUAAAUGAAAAUGGUGAAGAUACUGUUUUCACUUGUAAUUCUUGUGGUCAUGUAUCUAAUCAAGAAAAAACAAUAGCAUAUCCUACUAAAAAUGAAGAAAUAAAUGGUGGUGAUGUAUCAGUCAAAUAUUUCAUAACUGAUGAUAACUCCACAUUAGUUUGUGCAUAUUAUCCAUCUAAUAGAGUAUUAGAACCUAAUUUUAUAAAAUUGGAAGUACCAGAUAUAAACCUUAAAACAUCAUUAACAGAAUCUCAAAUAUUAGAUAAAUUCUCAAAGGAAUCAGAAGAAGAUUUAUCAAAAAAAGUUGUCAGAAUAAUGGAUUCAAGAUUAAAUUCAAGAUCUAAUUUCCCUGAUUUUCCAAUAAAUUUUGUAAAUAGAUCUAUGAUAACUACAUUAACUGAUAUUCCAAUAGUAUUAGCUGAAUCAGGUGAAAUUUGUGGUGAAUGUGAAGAAGGUCAUUUGACAAAACUGAAUGCUAUUGAAAUUGGUCAUACUUUUUAUCUUGGUGAUAAAUAUUCAAAACCUUUAGAUUUAAAAAUUGAUAUACCAAAAAAUGAUAAAGUUGAAACUAAGAAUAUUAUGAUGGGAUGUUAUGGAAUUGGAAUUAGUAGAAUUAUUGCAGCAAUAGCUGAAAUAAAUAAAGAUGAAAAAGGUUUAAGAUGGCCUAAAAGUAUAACACCUUGGGAAGUUACAAUUGUUGAGACUAAUCAAAAUCCGGAAUUUAAAGAAAUUUAUAAUGAAUUGGAAAAUUUUGAUUAUAAAUUAGAUGAUAGAAAUGAUGUUUCUUUGGGUAAAAAAAUUAAUCAAUCAAAUUUAUUGGGGAUUCCAUUAGUUGUAAUUUUAGGUAAAAAGUACCCAAUUGUUGAAAUAGAAAUAAGAGGUAAACGGAUUAAAGAUAAAGAGAUUAAAUGGAAACAUUUAUAUGAUAAGAAAGAUUUUCAAUGGGAUGUUGAAUAUGAAAAUGGAAAUGAUAUAAAACAUUAUGUUCAUAAAGAUCAUUUGAUUAGAGUUUUAAAUAGUUUGUUAAAAGAUAUGUAA